ACAAUAUUAUACCCAAAUUCCCAACGAUUCGUUGAAAUUAUCGGAUGUUUGAAAUCCACCAGUUUGUUUAGAGAUUAUAUGAAACGUCCUUCACCGUAAAUGUCAAAAUGAAAGUCCGCGAUAAAACAGGCCGUUACAAGAAAAUUGUGAAUUCUCGGCGAAUUAAGAAACAGUCGAAUGUUAUAGAAGAUCACAAUUAUGUUGGAGCACAUUUGUGUAAUGGACAAGACUGUGAAUGCCAGCCGAAAUUGCCUAAAAAUGUGUCAAGGAUGGGCUGGAAGACAGGUCGUAGAAUCGUGGAGUUUGAUGUUCUUCUUUCUGGUUUAAAGAGUUGUAAAUUCUGUAGUCUUGGACCAGUUCCACUGACGCUUUUUAACAUUGUGAGCGAGUUACAGAGGGGUCUUGGGGGAUAUCUUUAUGUGAAAUGUACAAAUAAUGACUGUGAAGAAAUUAACAUUGUUCCUUACGGGAAGACACAUCGUCGGGAAAAGUCGAAGGGAAUUCCAAGUUUUGUUGUCAACACGAAGCUGGGAACCGCAAUGAUCGACAGUUUAGGUGGGCUCGUACGUGUAAAUAACUUCCUGGCAUCAUUGAACCUGAAGCCGAUUAGUAACAAAAACCUAAAGACCAUGGAGAGACGGGCUGGAAACAUUGUUGAACAUGUGGCCGACAUGUCAACUCGCAAGGCAGCCAAGGAUGCCUUCCAUCAAGAAAUGAAGGAAGUGGCUGAGUCCAAGAGAGCUGCUGACAGGAUGGAAGGCCUUAUCGAAGAUCUUGGUGUAUGUCCACUUCCAGAUGUCUCCCCUAAACUAAAGUAAGUCUAUUUACUAGGGCUGGGAACGAAUAAGGAAUUUGA